AUGACGAUCGACGAAUACAUUGAACGUCAAACCGAUCUCUUCAGGCGCAUCUGUCGCACUCUCGAAAACUUGCGCAAGCUCGGUGAAGCAAAAACAACCCUCGGGCAAGUGCAAUCGCGAUUAGAUGCUUUAAAUUCAAAUUGGCUGAAGUUCCAAGACAUGCACGAGACAGUCGAUCAAAUUAGAAUCGCAGCAAAAGGUGAUCAACUCGACGCUAUCAAAAGACUUUCGUAUUUCGCGAAAGACUAUUACGGACAGUGCGAAGAGAAAUAUUUAAACGCGAAGGGAGAGAUGCUCGAUCUACUCGGAACUCUCAAGACUCUAUCGGCACCGAUCGUGCCAACAGCCGUAGCCCCCCAACUCACAACUGGAGGUGCCUCAAAACGGCUACCACGCAUCGAAUUGCCUACGUUCUCGGGCAAUUACUCAGACUGGAAGUCUUUCCACGACCUCUUCACAUCAAUCGUUCGCGAAAAUUCGCAACUCUCGGAAGUGGAAAAACUGCACUACCUAAAAACAAGUCUUACCGAUGAACCGUUACAACUCAUUAAAAACAUCGCUCUUACCGCUGAAAACUUCCCUCGAGCCUGGGAAACUCUCGUCUCACGCAACACUUGCGAAGCUCCUGGCGCACUCGAACUUCUCGAUAGUCCCGAGAAAUUAGGGGAUCACAUCAUCGUGCACAUGACGAUUCGCAAGCUCGACCCAGCAUCUCUCGAAGAGUGGGAGAAAAGUGUUAGCGAGAAACUCGAGCCCCCCACGUUUGCGGAGCUCAAGGCGUUUCUCAUGGGUCGCAUCCACACCCUCGAAGCCGUGGAGCAAGCUCAUGCUCAUAAUCAAAUCGCGACGUCGAAACCGCACUCAUCGCAAGGAAGGUCAAAUCUUCAGACGACAAGGUCACAUACAGCGCAAUCAAAGGAACAGUCGUGUGCUUGUUGCAAAGGCAACCACUACAUCGCGUUCUGUUCGACCUUUCGCGACAAAUCUCUGGAUCAAAGAAGGGAAGUGGUUUCUGCGAAAAAGCUUUGCUUCAAUUGUCUCGGUCCACAUCAGCAGAAGGACUGUCGAUCCAACAAAACGUGUCGCGUGUGCAACGGUCGACAUCAUUCCUUGCUGCAUCGAAACUCUUCUUCAAUCUCGACAGCUGCCAACAGCGGCACAUCUCAAGGACAGGCCGCAGUAGCGCAACCUGCAGUGCAGAACGCACUGAUCUCGAACAGCGCCUCUCAGGUGAGCAACCACUCAGCUCAGCCUACAAUGAUCAAGCGCUCUCCAGUUCUUCUCGCCACAGUGCAAUUGAUCGCUUCGAAUCCGGAGACUGCAGAAAGAAUCAUCGCUCGCGCUCUACUCGAUCAAGGAUCCGAAAGUUCAUUCGUCACGGAGUCGCUAGCGCAACAAUUGCGACUACGUCGGCAUCAAGCAACGAUACCGAUCAUUGGCGUCGGAGCUCAUCAAUCGGCAGUGACUCGCGUCAUCGCGACAUUGCAACUCCAAUCUUGUGCUCAGACCUCGUUCUCGUGUCAGGUGGAGGCACUCGUGCUUUCACGACUCACAUCGUAUCUACCCUCAUUUCGACUUCUCGUCGAAGACUGGCCUCAUCUACGAGGACUCAACCUCGCGGAUCCAAGCUUUGCACAUCCCAGUCAAAUCGACGUAAUUCUCGGAGCUGACAUCUACAGCAACAUCAUUGGUCAAGGAGUUCGAAGAGGAGCACCAGGAACACCAAUCGCGCAAGAAACUCAAUUCGGUUGGGUCCUCUCCGGCUGCGUUUCAGCGGAAGCAGCAAGCCCCUCGUAUAGCGCAGUCCAAGGCUUCCAAUGCUGCCUCGAUCACGAACUGCUCGAUCUCGUGCAGCAGUUUUGGAAGCAGGAAGAAGUGUCGAAACCUUUGGCGCCAACUUCCGAAGAAGAGCGUUGUGAGCAACACUUUCGCGAAACGGUUUCUCGAACUGCGUCCGGUCGUUACGUAGUUCGGCUGCCGCUCAAAGACAAUUCGGUAGAGCUCGGCAACUCGCGGAAUCCCGCGCAUCAAAUGCUCCUUCGUUUGGAGAAACGGUUCGGUAGCGACGCGAAACUCAAGGAGGCUUACUCGAGCUUCCUUCGUGAAUAUCGUGAACUCGGGCACAUGCGUCGCGCUAUCAAUACACCUGAAGACAAUUCCCGCGUGUUUUAUCUUCCCCAUCACGGUGUAGUUCGCGACAGCAGUUCAACAACAAAGUUGCGUGUCGUGUUUAACGGGUCUCAAAGAACCAACCUCGGAAUCUCUCUGAAUGACAAUCUUCUCGUCGGUCCAAAAGUGCAAACCGACCUCGCGGACGUUCUCUUACGCUGGCGACAAUAUCCAGUCGCGUUCUCAUCAGACAUUGUCAAGAUGUACCGACAAAUUUUGGUCCACAAUGAUGACCAAGAUUUUCAGCGAAUCCUCUGGAGGGAAGAACCAGAGCUACCGAUUGAAGAAUAUCAACUGACUACGGUAACGUAUGGUCUUGCAAGCGCUCCGUAUCUCGCGAUCCGUGUUCUUCAUCAACUCGUUCAGGACGAAGGUAAGCAGUAUCCCUUUGCGAGCCACGUCAUUCUCGAGAACACGUACGUCGACGACAUCCUCUCAGGAGCAGAGGACGUUGAUCAAGGUCGCGAGAAAAUCAACGAACUCAAUCAAUUGCUCAAGGCGGGCGGCUUUGAACUUCAAAAGUGGACUUCAAGCCACCCAGAAACUCUCGUUGACAUUUCUCGAAACCACCAAGAGAUCGCGAUGCAUCUGAAUCUCGAUCAAAGUCUAUUCUUUCGGGCUCUCGGUCUUGCGUGGAGACCAGACAUCGACGCGUUUGCGUUCUCUCCGCAAAUUCAUCAAACUCGGGACAAUUUUACGAAACGAAAAGUUCUCUCACAAACCGCGCAGCUCUUUGAUCCUCUCGGAUGGCUCUCGCCGAUCACGAUCAGAGCCAAAAUCUUUAUGCAGGAAUUGUGGGCACUCGGUUUCGACUGGGACGAGCCGCUCUCAACUUCAUUAUUCUCGCGAUGGAUCGAGUUUCUACAAGAUCUUCAGGGCAUCUCAGCUAUCACCAUCCCAUGA